GGACGCUUGGUGCGGCAGUGUCGCUGCGUCCCGCGCUCCGACCGGUACGCCAUGCUGCGCUGACGCCGCGCCACCCACAUCUAUUGUAACCAAGUGUCAGAAAAUCCGUGACAGCUGUCAAGUGAUCCAUAAUGUGGCUCCUAUGGACUUGUCUCUUCGCCAGCUAUCUGCUGGCCACCAGCGCGCAGAAUGCAGACAGCACUGCUGAUUUUUCGCCUGUUGUUAACGCGACAUGUAAAUCGAAUGUGAUGUCGAUCAGGGUAACCUUUAAUCAACCAUUUAACGGCAUCAUACAUGCAAGGGAAUUCAGAACUCCAUCAUGCAUGAUGCAGGGUAACGGCACAGAAAAUCUUAAUUUUGAUAUCAACUUAAUGGCGACGCAAGGUUCUUCGGAUUAUUGCGGAGUUUUUUGGAACAAUCGUACGGACGAGCGAUCCCUGCCUCUGGCGGUUCGCGUGCACCGGACUCUAGAGCUGGCUGAUGACAAAUUCUUCGUUAUUACAUGCGGCAAAGCGGGAUUCAGAAAUUCAAGAAACGAAACGUCACUGGUGUCACUAAGAAUCUUGAAUCCACAAGGGGCUAAAGUAUUGAACGCUGCAUUCGGGCUUCCAUACACGCUGCGUGCUGAACUGAGCAAAUCAGAUGGAACUCAUGGAAUCAGGUUAAAGAAUUGUUUUGCAUUUAAUAUGCGUAACAUCACUGUAGAGCUGCUGGAUAGUAGAGGAUGCCCACUGAAACAUGAUACAAUUGUAACGAAGUCUGAAAACGACGUAGCAGAGCUCACUUUACCACAAAUGAUCCGGUUUCCUGAUUCGUCUCAAGUCAACUUUCAAUGUGACAUCGCCAUCUGUUCAGGAAAAUGUAACGCAAUAGACUGCACAACAGACGGCCGCCCAGACCCAGGAGAUGAAGAAGGCACUGUGACAGCGUCCACUGGUGUAUUUGUUCUAGAUCCUAAUGAUAAUGCUGUUGUCAUGUGCUCAGAGACAGGCGUACGUCCAUUGUGGCUGCUUUACUUGGCAAUCGCUCUUGGGGUCAUGUUCCUCGUGAUGCUACUUAUCAACUGCUUCCUCUGUACCGCCAUGACUUGUUCCUGCGCGAGAACUGACGUGAUCGAGAAGGACCCGUCGGUGGUGGAGGACUACGACCCGUACCGCAGCUGGCACGGCAGCCAGUACGGCGGCAGGUAUCCGUCAUCAACUAUACAUUCUGCGAGAUCCGUAUCGGACAACAGCGAUCACUACGCGAUAGUGCAAUCAAGGCCUGGCAGCCGUCACUCUGGCAUGCAUCGAAAUAGACAUUGAACAACAGGUAACGAUUAAGGUACUUUAAAAGUGGGACACUACAAUAUUGCCCUUAUCAAUUAUAACUACGAACGAAUAAAACUGUCAGUUGCGGAUUA